CCGGCGCAGGGAGCCACCAUGAAGCCCCUCGUGCUGCUGGCCCUGCUGGCCCUGCUCGCCCUCGGCCUCUGCCGCAGAGCUGCCGAUCGCUCCACCAGCGCCGACGACUCUCCCAGCUCUGAAGCUUUCAUCUCCAGACGCGCCAGUGCCCAGCUGGUCCAGAGGCAGAAGCGGAAUUACGGCUAUGGCAGCAGCGUCUAUGCGGCCCCGCCGGACCCACUGGAGGCGAAGCGCGAGGUGUGCGAGCUCAACCCCGACUGUGACGAGCUGGCCGACCAGGUGGGCUUGCAGGAGGCGUAUCGGCGCUACUACGGCUUCGUGUAGCCCCCGCCGCCCCCCCCGGCCGCGCUGCGGGGCAGGGGCUGAGCUCUGAGCACCCCUCACGCCCUGCUUUACACCCUUUCUGUUAGCCCCGGAAAGAAAUAAAUGCAUAUCGUGGA